AUGAGCUCCACCUACGCCGUCGCCACCAUGCUGCAAAGUCCUGACUCUCCGCCAGGCAUGACAACCUCCAAAAGCUCAAAGUCCUCGUCUUUUCAUUCCCUCACUAGUGACGACGGUAGUGUUCUUGCCGAUAUUGGUCAUUUUGAGGACAUUGGCCUCGACGACGAGCACGGCGCCACUCCCAAGGCCUCGACCCAGAUCCUCACCCGCCGCAUCACUUCGCCUUCUUCCAACGUUCCCGUCCCCGCAGCAGCUGGACGAACUCUCGCCGUUAGCAACAGAAAGGCACCAGCCCCGAGGCGCUCUUUCCCCAAUCUUCGAAAUAAUGUCUAUUCCACCAACCCCCGCAGCACCAGUACCGCUGCCCUGACCGACCCUCGCCCCAUUACCCUGAAGAAGGGCCAUUCCACCACCUCGCUUCCUCACGUUCAUCACCAGCGCAGCAUCAGUCCAGCCUUGCCCAGUCCUUCCCGUGAUGUAUUCUAUCCUCCUCGCCCGCGUAGAGGCAGCUGGCAAGCCAACAACGACCGCAGGUCCAUCUCCGAACUUGAACAGGAAUGUGACGAGGACGAAGGGGACGACAUUCCCGAGGGCCUUGUCCUGGACAACGUUCCUCUCUCCCCUCGCCCACAACAUGAACGACCACCCAGCAGAAUACCCUCCACCAGCACCUCUCCCGAGAGAACCACAAAGGAGCGAGUCCGCAGCAUUGGCAAUGGCACGCCUGCCGUUGCCCAAGCACAAGGCUCGCUUCGAUCGCCAACCUGGAAAGCAGACGCCGAGAAGCGUCCCACGAGCCCCACGAAGACUCGUGCUCACAGCUGGAAUUUAGCUCACGCAGAACUCAAUGCCGAAGCCCGUGCACUCACAGAGAAGCUCGAGGAGCAUGCUGACGAGGUUGAGGAGAUGCAAUCCCGCCGCCCCUCUACCGCCCGCCCCAACACUUGGGCCGCGUCUCAAACACAAGAGUAUGCCUACGAUCGCAAAGAGCGCGGCAAGUCCUCGACGCCUGAACUGCCGCCGCUGCGCCGAACCGACAACAUGGUCGACCCUCUGCCCAUCUCCAAGGAAAAGGAAGCUGUUCUCAGCCGAACGCGCCCCUCGUGGCUCCCACCCAAAGAUCCAGCCGAAGAGCGCCGCCAUGUUAAGCAGUAUCAAAAAAUGAUGGCAGCCAGCAUCAAGGCCGAUGAGCGUCGUGAAGCAGCCCGAAGAGCCCAAACGACACAUCGCGAUAACAAUGCAGAAACCUUGAUGCAUCUCUGGGAGGAUGACAUUAUUCCGCGCUGGAAUGAUGCCAUCCGCGAGCGCCGGACCCGCGACAUGUGGUGGCGCGGCAUUGCCCCUCGCAGCCGAGGCGCUGUCUGGUCCAAGGCUAUUGGCAACGAACUUGGCUUGUCUGCUGCCUCCUUCCGCGCUGCGCUAGGUCGCGCUCAAGUGGUGGAACAGCGCAUUAAGGAGGACAGAGCGGAAGAGGGCGACGAAGAAAAGGCGAAAUGGUUCCAAGAGAUCCGCCAGGCCGCUUCAGAUAAUACCUGGACCGAGCUUCGCAUUUUCCAAGAGGGAGGUCCUCUUCAUACCGCUCUUGUGAACGUGUUGUCUGCGUAUGCCAUGUACCGCGUCGAUAUUGGCUACGUUGCUGGAUGCAAUACUAUAGCCGCGCUGUUGCUGCUCAACCUGCCCGACUCCGAAACUGCCUUUGUCGCCCUUGCCAAUAUCCUGAACCGAUCUCUACCGCUGUCCUUCCAAACAUCCGAUGCCACUGCUCAAGUCUCUGCCUACAACUUGGUUCUUCGCACUCUCAGCCACAAGUCAGCCACGCUCCACGACCACUUGACCAGCGGUGUACCAGAUCUCACUCCGGAGGUGUAUCUGAGCGGCGUAUUCUCCAGUAUCUUUACUAGCCUUCUCGCCAUUGACGAAGCCGCUCGCUUAUGGGACGUUUACGUUUUUGAGGGCGAUGCCUUGCUCGUCCGUGCGGCCGUGGCCAUUUUGAUGGAGCGAGAGAUGGAUCUCCUCGGCAGCAAGACGCCAGACGAAGUUUGGGCCGUCAUGUCCAAGGCAUCAACCAACAGCACUGCGCCGCGCGCGGUGGGUGAGAUUGGUGCCGAAGACAGAUUUAUCCGGGCCGUCCGCGACGCGGGCAAGGCGUGA